CACAAUCCCUUUUACUUCAGCAGAACGAAAGCACAGAGCUUCACCUCUCUCCCUACAGUCCGGCAGCUACUUACACUGAGCCAUGUCUCAUCUAUCACCAAUCUGGAGUGUUUUACUUAUCUCAGGUAUUUUCCUGGUGGACACAUGUGCAAAAGCAUCAUCUACAGCUGAACCAACUGUUUUACUGAACACCACGACACAAGCGCCACCCAACACCACCACCACACAUGCGCCAUCUAACACAACUACACAUGCGCCAUCCAACACAACUACACAUGCGCUAUCUAACACAACUACACAUGCGCCAUCUAACACAACUACACAUGCGCCAUCUAACACAACCACACAUGCGCCAUCUAACACCACUACACAUGUGCCAUCCAACACCACCACACAUGUGCCAUCCAACACCACAGCACAUACAACAGCCAAGCCAUCUCCAACCCUUGCACCAGGUCCCUCACCACCAGAAAAUGGAAACUACACAGUAAAAAAUAAGACUGUGACCUGUAUUGUUGCACAAAUGGGUUUAGAGCUUGAACUGGAAAAUUCAACAAAGAAAAAAAAUUAUUUUAAUAUUGAACCAAAACAUACAACUGCAAACGGCACAUGUGGAGAUAAAAAGGCAAACCUUCUUCUGACGUUCUCAGAGGGUACUAUUUAUUUUGUGUUUGUAAAGGAAAGUAAGGUUUAUUACAUCAAUGAGGUUACCGUGAAUUUUUCUUUGGCAUCUGCAGGACACUGGAAUGGCACUGCUAGUAAACUGAAGCUGCUAAGUACAGAUGAAGGGUAUUCUGUGAAGUGUAAAAACACACCAACAGUAAAGCUGGCAAACAACAUGCAGCUUGUAAUGUCUAAUGUGAAACUCCAGGCUUUUGACAUAAAAAAUGGGGAUUUUGGCAAAGAGGAGAUGUGUACAUUCGAUCGCAAUAUAGUAGCUGUGGCAAUUGCUGUUACUGUAAUCAUUGUUAUUAUAAUAGCAAUAGUUAUCUACUUCAUUUGGCACAAGAGAAGAUCAUCUGGAUAUCAACAUAUAUAGUCAGUGCAAGAAUAACAAUGAAGACAAGGAAACUUGAACAUAUAGUAGUACACCAAAGCAUACUCAAAGAAGGAAGAUUAAAGACUGUAAUAAUGCAACUUUCUUAUUGGGAUCUAUUAGCAAUCUGAGCACCAGAAAUAAUUACAUUUGUUGGUUAACAAUAGACAGAAACACCAUUUUGGAGAGUCCUCUACCAAACUGCUUUCAGAUGAAUCCUUCACCACCUACUAUUUCUGUGACACUUAGUAACGAGUUGUCCCUAGAAGUGUGCAUCUAUUUCGAUAAUACUUUCCCAGCCAUUUCCAGUUUAAUCCUGGGGGUCAACUCUAGCACCCAUGGUAAUGUUUUAAUAUGAUUGAUUACUUUAGAAUUGUCUACAUGCAUCUAAUACGGUAUAAAAUGUUAGGAAAUAUGGCAUAUGUGUACAAAAGAUUCACUGGUAUUAUUGUAAAAUGUUUUGCCAAAGACACAUUAUGUGGGAAUCCACCUGCAGUGAGAUGGGAACCCAUUUUUGGGUAGUAACCCAGUUUAAAUAAUCUCAAUUUAGAUGGCUUAACUCGUGUAUUAAUAGGACUCCUACAGUGGUGCUCCUCACUGCUAGGGGCAUUUUGUAAUCAUCUUUGCAAUAACACAAGGUACUAUAAGGGUGCUGAGAUGUUCCACUCUCCAUGCUUUCCAGUUCUCACUAGUCAUCCAAAUAUCUCUAUUACUUACAUGCUAGAUAUAUACACUUUCUGCAGCAACUGCUGAUAGGCAAGUACAGUAUAUGGAGGACAGUUCAGAUUCCUGCAGGAGAUGAGCAGCAUAGAAAUGGUCCCAGCUCACUGUACUAAUCUUUAGUCAUCAAUGCCUUGGGAAUGCAGAGCUAAAUACUUCUUACGAUGUACUAGAUUUGUAACUUUAGAUGGAGAAUCUUCUUUAACUAUUCUGUUAUUUAUAGUUUGAGGCACUUUGAUUUCCACUAAAUUGAAAUCAGUUACUAACUGCUACAGGUCAUGUUCUCAGGGCACGUCUAAUGAGUGACAUAUAGCAAAUACCAUGCUGAAAAAGAAUGCUGGGAACAGAUGAUAACAAGUAGGUUCUAAAGUAUUCAGAUACAGUACAAAUAUCACUGGAGAAGUUAAAGUAUAACUCCACUCCAAAUGAAAAAUUAAGCUCUGGGUGAAGUUACAGUUAAUAUGACGCAAAAUUGUACAUACCAUGGAUGCAGCAUAUGCCAGAUCUGCCAUGAUUCUUUCUUUGUGUAAGGAUACCACUAUGCCAUUGUUUCCCAACCUCAGUCCUCAAGGCAGGUGUUAGUGAUAUCCAUGCUUGAACACAGAUGGUUACAUCAAAAUAGCUGAGGUACUAAUUAAGAUACCUGUGCUCAAGUAUCGCUAGCCAUAAAACAUGGGGCCUAAUUCAGACCUGAUCACAUCAGCAAAUUUUGCUAAUGGUCAAAACCAUGUGCACUGCAGGUGGGGCAGAUAUAACAUGUGCAGAGAGAGUUAGGCCCUUGGUCUGUUAAUGUGCAUUGAGGACCGUAUUUGGGAACCCCUGCUCUAUGCUCUACUCUCUUCUCUUGUAAGGAAAAGACUGAGUGGUAAAAGGGAGCUGUUUCCUCAACUGCUAUGUAACUUUUUUUUAUAUAUAUACAAUUAACUCUCUAAUCAUUAAUUUUAUUUUUUGCAUGGGUUUCUUCUUCAAAACCAAAUAUAAAUCAAGAGAAUGUGUUAUACUAUUUUUAAAGUGAUAUUACUGAGGAAUACAAUUGUUGCAAGAUACUAAGUUAAAAAAAAUCAUUAAUUGAAUAAUAUGUGACAUUUGCCAGAUUUAGCUAGACUUGACAUUAUGGGUACUUUUACUGUAUGUAAUGCUACAAAAACAUUACACUCAAGAUGAAUUUACAUUUUUACAUAAUUUUUGUGUAUGUCUCUUCUUUAAAUUGCAGCUGUUUAAUGUUUAGUCUUAAAAAGAAUAUUUUAUGGAAUUACAGUACUUUAGAAGAUUCAGCUCUCACUUUUUCUUUGGGAAAUUAAUUUUUUAUGCAAUCUUUGUGGCAGAUUCAAUUCCCCACUAUGUUUAUUGCAAGGGUAAUGCUCCAGGUUUAAUACCAGAAGCUAUUUAAUUAUUAAUCAAGUUACCUGUGUGGUAAACCCAUGGGUAACGUGUUAAUUCAUAGAUUCUGCAUUAAUUGUCUGGAAUCUAUGGGUUACCCCACUAGCUAAGUCCCAAAGGGUGCAUUUAAUGCAGAUUUUUCCUAUUAGCUGCUGAGGCUGCAUGGAAAAAUCUGCAUUAUGUGCGCCAUCUGCGGCUGACUAUGCUGGAUAGCAGCCCUUAAUUGAAUAGCUCAGUGCUGACAAUUAGCCUUGUGGUAAACCAAAUGGAUAACUGAAUCUGUCCCUUUUGUAUAUGUAAAAUGCGUGAAUUUUAGCAACUGAAAUAGUUAUAGAUUUAAAUGAGUACUUUUCUCUUUCUUUUUAAAAUCCGUUCUGAAACAUGAAAGCAAGCUAAACGACAUUGUUUUAAAUACAAUAAAAAAUGAAAGUGAAAUGGUCAA